UUGUGUUCGUGGACGGAACCUGAACUAUAGUUUCCGGGAGGCUUUGCAAGGCUUCUCGUUCAACGCCUCCGAUUGGUCCCAGAGAACUACGUUUCCCAGAGCUCCUGGCGGCGGGGCCCUGCUUCCGGCCUACGUGUCCCAGAAGAAGGCCGGUUAGAGGUGCGGCGACAUGGCCCCUCCGGUUCCCGGCGCGGUCUCUGGCGGCUCCGGAGAGGUAGACGAGCUGUUCGACGUGAAGAACGCUUUCUACAUCGGCAGCUACCAGCAGUGCAUCAACGAGGCUCAGCGCGUGAAGCUCUCCAGUCCAGAGCGGGAAGUCGAGAGGGAUGUCUUCCUGUACAGAGCAUACCUCGCUCAGAGGAAGUAUGGCGUGGUCCUGGACGAGAUCAAACCCUCCUCACCCCCAGAACUCCAGGCUGUGCGCAUGUUUGCUGAAUACCUUGCCAGUGAGAACCAGAGGGACAGCAUCGUGCUGGAGCUGGAUCGUGAGAUGAGCAAGAGUGUGGAUGUGACCAAUACCACUUUCCUGCUCAUGGCUGCCUCCAUCUACUUCCAUGACCAGAACCCAGAUGCAGCCCUGCGAACCCUGCACCAGGGCGACGGCCUUGAGUGCAUGGCCAUGACGAUUCAGAUCCUCCUCAAGCUGGACAGGCUGGACCUAGCCCGGAAGGAGCUGAAGAAGAUGCAGGACCAAGAUGAGGACGCCACCCUUACCCAGCUAGCCACUGCCUGGGUCAACUUGGCUGUGGGUGGUGAGAAGCUGCAAGAAGCCUACUACAUAUUCCAAGAGCUGGCUGACAAAUGCUCCCCCACACUGCUGCUGCUCAACGGCCAGGCAGCCUGCCACUCGGCACAGGGCCGCUGGGAGACUGCGGAGGGUGUGCUGCAAGAGGCACUGGACAAGGACAGCGGCCACCCCGAGACCCUCAUCAACCUCAUUGUACUGUCACAGCACCUGGGCAAGCCCCCUGAGGUGACCAACCGAUACUUGUCACAGCUGAAGGAUGCACACAGGGCCCACCCCUUCAUCAAGGAGUACCAGGCCAAGGAGAACGAUUUCGAUCGCCUGGCACUGCAGUAUGCACCCAGUGCUUAAAGUGAAGAUGCCCUGGUGACCUCAACUGUGUGCCUCGGGAUGCUGUCCUCCCUUCUUGUCUGCCAAUAAAGUCUCUCCAUUAUC